AUGGCGAUGUUAUUAAAGAAAGUGUGGGAAUCUGUGUCGAAUAGGGCGAGUUCUUGCUCGACUUCGAGCAUUGACUUAGUGAUGGCUACAGGGAGUUACGCAGGAGAAUCAUCAUCAUCUCUGGGAGCUUUUGAUCGGCUACCGAUUGAUGUGGUGUUGCAAAUAGUGAAAUUGGUGGGGCCAAACGAUGCAGCAAGAUUGAGUACAGUAUGCAAGUCAUGGAGGCAGCUUGUAUCAGAUAAUCGCCUAUGGAUUUAUUUUCUUGAGAAUUAUCACGAUACCUGGGAUUCUGUCUUUUUCGCGGAGACUCAUCUCCGAUCUGGCUAUCCUAUCGAGACAUUCUCUAGUCCCAUAACAGAGUUGUCAUUCAUGCGUAUAUAUGGGAAAAGGGUGGAAGUUCCUGGUGCUGUUAUUGUUGAUGGUAAGCAUUACAUGUGUUAA